ACAAAUAAAGAAGAUUUUAACUGCUAAGAGUAAGAAUGCAAAUGUUUUUCAAUUCUCUCAUCCUAUUUCAGUUAUUCUCUCUCUCUCUCUCUCUGAUGUUUUCAAGCCUUACAUAUAUAUACAUCUUCUUCAGCUUCUCCAUCUUCUCAUUGUCCAAGCCCUAUUACCUUUCUGUUCCAAACUCAUCUUCUUGUGCUAGUCUACUGUUUUACCCUCGUCUUUCCUUUUACUUGAUAGAAUAUAGCCUAUAGUCCCAUUAUUUUUUUCCCAUUUCAUACCUUUUUUUUGGGCACCAAUCUCAAGUACUCACCCUUUUUAUUUCUCUUUUUUUUUUCUCCUCGCUCAUUUCACUAUCAAGUACCUAUUUUUUGCUGUGCUCCCAAAAAUAUAGCCCUUUUUCAUCUACUUCUUUUGUAUUAUGCCUAAAUAGCUUCUAAGAUCACUUUGGUGCUCUCUCUCUCUUUCACUCGUAAUAUCAAAAAGGAGAACUCAUAUUCAUGGUCUUGUUUCCAGUCAUGGGGUUCUUAGAGGUAAGUUUACACGACCAGUUGCAGUCAGUAGUUCAGCCACCACCAGCAGUAGUAGAACCAAGUCGCUACUCUCAUCGAUCAAUCGAAACAUUGGUGGUUGUGCUAGCUGUGAUCACUAUAGUAGGUGUUAUUGCAGGUGUCAUUGCCCGGCUCUGCGGUGGACGGCAUGGGGAGCAUGACAUAGAAGGUUGGGUAGAAAGAAGGUGUAGAAGUUGCAUCGAUGGAGGAGUACCGCCACCAGCAGAAGAGGCAAAGCCAGCAACAGAAGAGGCAAAGAAAUGAAUAGGGUCAUAAAGGUUAAGUAUUAUCAAAGGCAUCAUGAAAUGUUUUCAAGUGUAAGGUGGUGUUGCAUGGUAGAAAACAGGUCUGAGUAGUAAGAUUAUCACACUUUCAUACUGCUUUAACAGCUCUACAGUCAGAUUAUUCUUAUGUAGCUGAAGUGUCUUAACAGUCAUCUUCAUAUGAUAUAUUUCAAGGUCAGAAGCAGUACAUCAUAGUGUUAAAAAGAGUAGCGGUUUUAGUAUAAUCUUGUGCAUUCUGUAGAAUUUUUUUUAUUCAAUAUGUUGAUUAUUUUUAAAUUUGUCAUAAACUGUUUUUCUCAAA